AUGGAACCCACCUCUAGUAACCUUGACGUUGGAGGUGACCUUCAUCAUCAUCAUCAUCAGAAUCAGCAUCAGCAUCAGCAUCAGCAUCAGCAUCAGCAUCAGAAUCAGAAUCAGAAUCAGCAACAGCAGCAGCAACAGCAUCAGCUUCAGCAUCAGCAACAGCAUCAGCAUCAGCAACUGCAACUGCAUCAGCACCAGCACCAGCACCAGCACCAGCAACGGCAACGGCAACAGCAACAGCAGCAAGAACAGCAAUCUACUAUGGUUCCCCGCGUUCAACUCAAAAAGGAAGACGAUCAAGGAAAAUCACCAUCCCUCCACACCAUUCAACCGGUUGCUCGUAAGCGUCGAUGCGUAUCGAGUGCAUGUAUUCCCUGUCGGAAAAGGAAAUCAAAGUGUGAUGGCGUCUCGCCAGCAUGCUCUACAUGUACUGCAGUUUACCGCACAGAAUGCGUCUACGAUUACGAGGGAGACCACCGUCGGAAAGGAGCUUUAAAGCGAGAUCUGGCAGAAUUGAGUAAGGUGCAUCAAGACUUAGAAACAAUUGUUAAGACAAUUCGUUCUGCUUCGGAGUCGGAUGUGGGGGACCUUGUUAAUCAUCUCCGUGAGCACGGCAAUUUGGCGGAUAUUAUGAUCGGUAUGCCAGAUGGCCCGACAGCAAUUUCUUUGGAAAUAGACUUAGGCCAUUUGGUGGAGAAAUUUCGUGUGGGUGGAGGUGGAGUAGGGUAUAACGGAUCUCUGGGUGAUGAAAGUUCUGAUCACAGAGAGAUAACUAGUCAAAAUGCUUCACACAUUUGGACCAAUGUGACGACAGAUGUUAGCUUUAUAUCUGAUCUUCUUUCUUUAUAUUUCACUUGGAACCAUCCUUAUUACGUUCUCUUUUCGAAGUCUUGCUUCUUGGCCGACAUGAAAAAGGGUCGAAGGAAAUACUGUAGCCCUCUUCUCGUCAAUGCUAUUCUCGCAUUGGCGUGUCACUUCUCGAAUCACCCGGAUGCUCGAUCAGAACCGAACAAUCCGAAUAGUGCUGGUGAUCACUUCUUCGCGGAGGCCAAGCGACUCUUAGCGUCAGAAGGGGAUACUCCAUGUUUGACAUCUGUUCAAGCGCUGGCGCUUAUGUCGCUUCAUGAAGCGGGGUGUGGCCGGGAUUCCAGUGGAUGGAUGUACUCAGGUCGGGCAUUUAGAAUGGGCCUAGACCUGGGAUUCAACCUCUCACUGGAUAAUUUAGGUCUAUCUCCAACUGAGAUUGAAGUCCGCAAGAUAACAUUCUGGGGCUGUUUCACUAUUGACAAAAUGUGGUCAUCAUUUUUGGGAAGGAUUCCACAACUUCCGUCAUCCAUUGUUGGUGUCCACAAACCGGGAAUCCUUGGCCCCCUUGAACGUGAGACGUGGGAGGCCUAUGGUAGCCCUGUCCGAGCUUCCGUCGGAUUAGCACAACCGGGUCGUAUACAGACAGUGGCAUCUCGCUUUUGCGAACUUUCGGAGAUUCUUGGAGAUAUUUUGUCCAUGUUUUUUUCGCCGCGAGAGCGUGUGACAUUUAUUAAGCUCAACACACUAUGUUCUCGGCUGAAAAAAUGGCACGGCGGGCUUCCACCGGACAUGAGUGCUAGGAAUGAGGCUUUGCCAUCCGUUCUUGGACUUCACAUUUAUUAUCAUUCUACCCUACUUCUUCUUUUACGUCCUUUCUUUCAUAAGGACAUGCCAAUAACUGGCAUCUUGCCCCGCGAGAUCUGUCUCCAAGCAGCCAACGAUAUCAUAGUCCUCACCACCUUAUAUAGAAAAUCUUACGGCCUGCGGCACACCGUCAUACACAUUCCACAAAUUGUUUUCACGGCUUCCACGGUUCUCCUGAUGAAUUUUCCGUCAGUGGCUCCCCAUCAAAUAUCCAGUCCCACUCUUACUCGCUCUUUGAAAGAUUUGCAAGAGCUUUCUGAGACAUGGUAUUGGUGUAACCUUACCUUACGGCACCUUUCAGCUGAGGCCGAAAAACGGGGAGUUGACUUAGGGCUACAUUGGGAUAUGAUUCAUCCAGUCCAUAUGGUUUCUAGGACUUUGCAUGUCCAAAAUCGGAACAUGGGUGGUGGGCACGCAUUUGCUCAAGAGCACUAUUUUUCGCCGAAUUCCCAGAACUCUGCGCAACUCAAUAGCCAUGGAGGGUCUGCAUGGAUCAACGAGGAGGACGGGGUGCAAGGUUUUGUUGACUCGCUGAUUAGUUUUCCUAGUGCCAUGGAUGACUGGAGUUGUAUGGGUCCUAAUCCGUAA